AUGCAUCUCCUUUUUUAUUUCCUUUUCUUUUUCAUAUACAUCAACCAUGCCGAAACGAGGUGCAUUGAUCGUGACCGGAGGGCACUCUUGCAAUUCAAAAAAGGGCUCGUGGACGAUUACGCCCUUCUCAAGUCAUGGAGGAAUACCAACACAACACAAGAUUGCUGUAAAUGGAGAGGUGUAAGAUGCAGCAACGACACUGGCCAAGUCAUCAAGCUUGAUCUUCAUGUAGAUUUCAACGCAAGUGUUGGCCAAUUUUUUGGUCUAAGUGGUCAGAUCGAUUCUUCAUUGCUUUCAUUAAAUUCUUUGACAUAUUUAGAUUUGAGUGGAAACAGUUUCACUCGUAUCCCAAACUUCCUUGGUUCCCUCAAGACACUACACCACCUCAAACUCGCUAACAUCGAGUUAACUUCAUCAAAAUUUCCGCAUCAAUUAGGCAAUCUUUCCAGCUUACAAACUCUUGAUCUGUUAGCUACACCUGUGAUCAUUAAGAACACAGAUUGGCUCUCUCGUCUUUCCUCUCUCAAAUACCUAAAUCUUAGUUAUAUAGACUUGAGUGAAUCUGUUGGGUUACUUAAUAACGUCAUCACAUUGCCCUCCCUCGUAGAGUUGCAACUUGAAAGCUGCUCGCUUCCCAAUAACACUGCCAAAUCGUUCAAUCGCACCUCCUCUGUUUCUUUUGCAGUUGUUAAUAUUAAUUCUAACGAUCUUCCAAACUCUAUGAUAUACCCUUGGUUAUUCAAUUUUAGUAGCACCCUUACUUACAUCGAUCUAUCUAACAAUAAGCUACUUGGUAUCAUUCCUGAAGCAUUUGGUAUGUUUAAAAACCUCCAAACCCUAGAUUUGACCAACAAUGGCCUCCAAGGUGGUAUCCCGGUUUCAUUUGGAAACUUUGGCAACAUACGUGAACUUUUCCUAUCUGGGAACAAUCUCAACCAAGACCUUUCUGGUCUUUUUGACAACCUCUCGGGGUUUGGACCAGAGAGAUCUUUACAGGUUCUUGAUUUAUCUUAUAAUCAACUAAGCGGUUCGUUGCCUGAUUUUACAAAAUUCACAUCUCUCAAGGAACUGUACCUUGAACAAAAUCAGUUGAACGGUUCUUUCCCACGAAAAUUUGAAAAAAUUUCGGAUCUUUUAAUCCUUGAUUUGGCGGAUAACCGUAUCAAUGGAUUUCUCCCAAAUCUUUCUGUUUUCGCUUCUUUGCGGGAAUUGUAUUUUGAGAGAAACCUAUUAAAUGGAACUCUAGCUGAAAAGUUAGAGCCUCUCUCCAAGCUCGAGUCUUUGGGUGCAUCUUCGAAUUUCUUUCAAGGAACGAUAUCUGAAACGCAUGUAGCUAAUCUUUCUCGUUUGACUUACCUCGAUCUGUCGUUUAAUUCGUUGGAUUUAGAAAUCGGUUCCGAUUGGUCUGCAACUUUUCAACUCGAAACCAUCUCGUUGUCAUCCUGCAAACUCGGGAGUUCUUUCCCGCGAUGGCUAAGAACUCAAACGAACUUCUCCGUGUUUGAUAUAUCUAACGCCGGAAUCGAUGAUUCUGUCCCCAAUUGGUUUUGGGAGUCGUUGAUUCCGGGUAUACGUUACUUAAAUCUCUCCUCGAACCAGAUGCAUGGGUUGAUUCCGGAUUUGGAUUUUAUAUCUGGUAACCAACCUAUAAUCGAUAUGAGCUCAAAUAACUUCUCGGGUAACUUACCAUUGUUUCCUCUUGACACCAUUACUCUAAAGCUCAACGACAACAUGUUAUCAGGGCAGAUUUCUUCCUUGUGUAACCUGACUGGCUUAAUCCGGCUUGACCUUUCUAUUAACAAACUGUCGGGAGAGCUUCCAAACUGCUGGAACACCCUUAACAUCCUGGCUAUUCUGAACCUCGAAGACAAUGGAUUUACAGGGGAAAUUCCCGAUUCCAUAGGGGCCCUUGAAGGGAUUGAUAUGAUGAGUAUGAAAGGCAAUAACUUGACUGGAAACCUACCAUCGUCCUUAAAAAACUGCACGUAUUUACGACUUCUUGAUCUUGGAGAAAACCAACUGUCGGGUAAGAUACCGAAAUGGUUAGGGAAAAGCUUGUCAGCGUUGCUUGUUCUUAGCUUAUCGUCAAAUCAGUUCCAUGGAGCCAUUCCUACAAGCUUAUGUAAGAUCAAGAACAUUCAAAUUUUGGACCUCUCCAUUAACAAUAUCUCCGGGAAAAUACCCAAAUGCAUCAAUCACAUUUCGGGGAUGAAAACUAGGGAUAUAAGUACCCAACAAAUAAGUAUUGAACACAGUUCAGUCGGGUUAGCUCGAACCAGACUCAUUAUCAGAGUCUACGCUAUGUUUAAAGUAUUACUGCAAUGGAAAGGAAAGAAAUCAGAGUACCAAAAGACAUUGGGUUUGGUCGUUAGCCUUGAUCUUUCUUCCAAUAGAUUAACCGGUGGAAUCCCAGUUGAGAUCACGAAUCUUUCGGCUCUCAUUGCAUUGAAUCUUUCAAGAAACAGCUUCACCGGAUCAAUACCUAAAGACAUCGGUCGAUUGGGACAAUUGGAUUUUCUUGAUCUAUCAAGAAACGACCUUUUUGGUGGAAUCCCUACAAGCCUUUCGCAGUUGACCAAUCUUGGGGUGUUGGAUUUGUCCUUCAACAACUUGUCGGGAAGAAUCCCGAAGGGCACGCAGUUACAGAGCUUUGAGAUGUCAUCAUACGCUGGAAAUCCUGCACUUUGUGGGCUUCCAUUGCCGAACAUAUGCCAUGGUGACAUGCCGAAAAGUAAAAACCCAAAUCUUGUUGAUGUUGCUAAACAAGAAUCUUAUGACGAUAAGUUCCAUAAGGGGUUCCUUAUUGGCAUUGUCGCUGGUUUUGCCUUUACUUUUUGGGGUGUUUGUGGCUCGUUGGUUCUCAAAGAGUCAUGGAGACAUGCGUAUUACGGAUUCUUGAAUGUAAUCAAAGAUUGGGUUCUUCUAAGAGUAGAGUUGGGUUUAGCUAGACUCCGGAGCCAAACUUCACCUAAAAUAUCCAAAUCCGAGAAGAGAAAUCCGGAAAGAAGACGCGUUGUACGAUGA